AUGUUUACUGUUGCAGCUCACUGCGGAGAAGAGUUCAAUAGGCCAACGUUUCGUUUCUCGUUCUGCUUUCAAGCAGCAUAUCCACUAGUCUGUGUUUGGCGAAUCACGGUAACACCAGGAAGAAAAGUGCAGCUCAUUUUCGAGACUCUAAGUUUGCCUUCCUCCAGAUCUCGAUUGCGUGUGUUAGACGGAAUUACCUGUGGAGGUACUAUCCUGUCAGAGUUUUCACAAUAUUCCAGCAUUCCUCAAAACGGCAUUGUCUCCAAUAGCAAUACGAUGACGUUGGUGUACACAGAUCCAGUUAUUGAAAAUGUGUCGACAAAUAUUGAUUUCUCUUUUUCAGAGAGAGAGUCAACGGAGUACGGGACAAUUCCUUAUACAGUAGAGGCGAAAUAUCAGAUGUUCAUUUAA